UUCCGCUUCCGCUGUGAGCCGUUUCCGUCCUGCUCAGUGAGAUUUUAAGGAAGCUGGGAUGCAGGAUGUUUGUAUUUUCUACUCUCUCUAGUUGUGAUGGUUAGCCUGCAGUAACUACCCAGAGAGGAAGAUCCAUGAUAGGUAGCCUUCAUCCUUAUAUAUUAUUAAUUCUGGGGGUAAAUAUGGCACAAUUAGGAGGACAAGAGGAAAAAGAGAAAACUACAGCACUUAAAGAUUUGUUGUCUAGGAUAGACCUGGAUGAGCUAAUGAAGAAAGAUGAGCCUCCCCUGAAUUUCCCAAAGACCUUGGAGGAAUUUGAGUAUGCAUUUAAUGAAAAGGGGCAGUUAAGGCACAUCAAAACUGGAGAGCCGUUUGUUUUCAAUUAUCGAGAGGACCUGCACAGAUGGAACCAAAAGCGAUAUGAGGCUCUUGGAGAGAUCGUCACCCAGUACGUCUAUGAGCUGCUGGAGAAAGAGUGCAACAUGACUAAGGAAAUCCUUCCUGUGGACGCCACCGCGGAGGAGCCGAAGAGCUUCAUCUUCCUGAGCCGGGACGCGCUGAGCAACCCGGACCGGCUGCUGGUGCUGAUCCAGGGCAGCGGGGUGGUGAGGGCGGGUCAGUGGUCCCGCAGGCUCAUCAUCAACGAGGACCUGGACAGCGGCACCCAGAUCCCGUUCAUCAGGAGAGCUGUGGAGGAGGGCCACGGGGUGAUGGUGCUGAACCCCAACGAGAACUACCUGGAGGUGGAGAAGCCCGGCGCGCCGGCGCAGCCCUCCCCGGACAGCUCGGACGAGCCGGCGGAGAAGAGGGAGCGCAAGGACGAGCGAGAGUCCCGGAGGCGCCGGGACUUCUACGAGAAGUACCGCAACCCGCAGAAGGAGAGGGAGACGGAGCAGAUUCCCAUUCGGGACAACAGUUCUCCAGAAGAGCAUGCCAUCUACGUGUGGGACAACUUCAUAUCUAAAUCUGCUGCCAAGAAGAUUUUCUUUGUUGCUCACAGUUACGGUGGACUGUCUUUUGUCGAGCUGAUGAUUCAGCGAGAGGCGGAGGUGAAGAACAGAGUGUGUGCAGUAGCAAUGACAGACUCCGUCCACAAUCUCUGGCACCAGGAAGCCGGCAAAUCCAUUUUGGAGUGGAUGCAGGAGCACUGCUGUAACUGGGUGUCAAGCGCGGAGCCGUUGGACACCCCGGUGGAAACGAUGUUACCAGACUGCCCACGUGUCUCUGCAGGUACAGAGCGGCACGAGCUGACUUCCUGGAAGAGCUUCCACUCCAUCUUCAAGUUUCUCUCUGCGGCUCUAGAGGGACAGAACUGGGACGCCAAGCCCACGACCACAGUAACUACACGGAGUUCCAACAGGAUUAAACACGAAGAGAUUUAAAAGGAAACAAAAUCCCCUUUUCCCCCCUCCUCCCCCUUGUUUUUUUUUUGCAAGCAAUCUCUCAGCCCCUCAUUACUUUGUUUUCUUCCUAGAGCACAGGGUCGCGGUGUAUACAUCUAAAUAGCGUUUUGCAUUAUUUCUAGAUGAGUGCAACUGUCAAAGCAAUAUGGGUUCGCUGGUUGUGCUUCCUGUGGACGGGAGCUUGGAUUUCUUGCUGCCCAUCAGUGCGCAGAUUAAGGAUGACAGCAGCACUGCACUGUGCAGCAUGGUGCACCUCUAAUUGCCCUGACACAGCCCUGAACUGAGCUAAUGCCAGGCUGCACAGACUCCCCUGGGUCCUAUUGCUUGUAUCUUUUUUCGAAAAUGCUCUUAGAGGAUUUUUUAACCACAUUCUUUGUGUAAACACUGUCAAUUAGCAUAGAAUGAUUUUAGCUACAAUGAAGUGAUGUAUUCAGUUUUGAUUUUUUCAUUGUUUUUAAUGCUUUCUCCUUUCUGUACAAUGCUGUUUAUGUCAAGCCAUAUGUACAGCAGCUGGAUAGCUGUGUGUAGUAAUAAUGCAUUUGUGUUGCAAUAUAAUUUUUUUAUGAUGUGCAAAAAAAAUAGUCUCUUCUGUAUUUGCAGAGGUAAUUUGAUAUCGAACUUGGCACACUUAAUUCAUAUGUGUUCGUUUUAUGUGGUGGUAAAUGAUUGUUUCCUCCUAAAAAAAUUCUCUAGCUUUUUUUAAAAUAACUGGUAAAAUUGACACUUGUGAUGCACUUUUUUUUUAUUUAAAAGGCAAAAACAAAUAAACCAGCCAUAAACAAUAUCAGAUUAUAAAUACAGAAUGGAUGCUUAGCUUUUGUAUGACAUUGAAAGUGAAGCCCGAAAUUGAGUUUUAAGGAUGUCUCAUUUUAACAGAAAUGAAUAAAUAAAUUCGAGAGUCCUAAUAUUGUAAUUUAUGUCUAAACGCGUGUCGGGAAAUCUGUGACGUCACCCAGCAGACGUUUACAGGCGCUAAAUCUGGACUUUUCUGCCAGUCUGAGUUUUAGGACUGCGAUAGCCUAUGUGAAAUUUAAAAUUUAAAAUUUAAUUUUUUAACCCCUGUGAUGACAGAACACAUAGGAUGAAAGAUCUAACGAAAACCCUCACAAUAGCUAAUCACUGUCGGAGAGCUACGCCUAAACAGUACAAACCAAUAUUCAGCUUACAGCAGAUAGCUGACCAUGCAGUAGGUACCUAGUCCUAGAUGCUUGAUAACUGUCUCAAGCAGUGUCCUGGCUUCCUACCGUACUAAUCCAACACGUUUUUUUCCUCUUCAAGCCUAGUUUGCAAUGUCUGUAAUGUGAACGUGUUUCUGUGCAUAAUAUCAUAAUAGCAAUCAACGAAAAAGCCUUGUUGCUUAAAGUACUGGAUAAAUCACUGGUCAUAUUAUUAUUAUUAUUAUUAUUAUUAUUAUUAUUAUUAUUAUUAUUAUUAUUAUUAUUAUUUACAUCAGCUUUGUACUUAAGGGUCGCCUAGAAUCUAGAAUUUGAUUUGAAGGGUUGAGUUGAAGGGACAAUAGCACUGUUGUGCUCUUCAGUCUUUCAAUAUCGUUGCCUUAUGAGUGAAUUACCCAAUCAACUGUCACCAUGUCCACUGAUAAAUUGUUUCUAAAAAACGUCAACAAGCCAUAUUUACUACUAAAUUGACCGUAAUAAACAGAACAGCCUUAAGCCAAAUCUAAAGCACAUUUGAUAUGUAACUUAUUCCGAAUUUUAUCAAGAAUUCUCUGAGGUGUUUUUACUCAGUCGGUAAAUGUUUUUUUCCCUCGAUAACCGCAGAUGUUUACUCGCAUGUACAAGAAUUGCUAGCCUCGGUUUUGUGAAACAGUCUCGGUUGCUUGAGUAAAACUUUUUUUGUUGUUACAAAAUUGUCUAGUUUUAUUCAGUUCAGUUUGCGCUGCUGUAACAAGAAUGAUUGCAACUUGUAAAGCUCGUUGAUUUGCUAUUGAUUGGACAGUCAAAGUGCAUGUACCAGGACACAGGAGUGUUUCCAUUUAAAGUGAAUGGCCAAUUUCAUUUCUGUUCUAUGUUUUUUUUAAACCUGUAAAAUCGGAUUUUAAUUGCUUCCACUUCCGGUCGUUAAGUAUGGUUAUGGGACUGUAUUUUUCUUAAUUCUCUCGAAGAUGUUGCUGUUACUAAAUAAAAAUGUUUUAACUUUC